CCCCUUGUACUCAGCUGCAGUUGCUCUUUGUCGCGCCUUCGAAGUCUAACACCCUUAUAUCUUGCUCACCAAUGGCGACUAUCAUCUCUUCGCCUUCCUCCUCCGUCUACAACUCGAAGCACUUCCUUACCACUUCAGCCCACGACACGUAUCCCACGUUCCAUACUCGUCCAAAUCAACAAUCCAUGCCUCACGCUCAUAACGGGUUUUCGGCCUUUAGUCACGGCCAUGGCUACGCUCGCUCGUCGUCGCUCGCCUCCUCCAGCACUUCGUGGCGUACUCGAGCAGCAGCGCCUGCUUUAGAGCCUGCACCUGCACCCAUCCCACGUAUCACACCAUUCAAGCGAAGCCAGAAGGCAUUUACAUCAACCUCCAGGCAUCGUCACUCAGCAUCACAAUCGUCUUCUUCUGACGAGUCGACUGCGUCGUGGAGGUCUUCUGACGCCUCGGCUUUGAACCACACUGCCACACACUCAGCAUCUGUUCCCGCAGCGACUGCGUCAGAAUCUGCACCCUCCUCAAGACCUGGGAUAUACUCUCUGUCAGAGCUGAUGAGUCUGGAGGCAUCACCUCUCGUGGGCCUGGAUCCCGAAGCACAAGCCAUUGUCGACGAUUUCGUCGCACAUCACAUCUAUAGACGUCCUCAAGGACGGUCUCAAAGGGGACGAAGGAAUGGGAAUGGUAGCGGUGGGGCGAGGCGUGCUGAGUCGGGAUCGGGCAGGAGUUCUCCUCGGUCGUCGAUGGACGCGGAUUCGGAGGGAGAUGAAAGCCAUUGAGGUUUUCAACACAAGAUUCUCCUUUUUCGUGGACAUUUUCGUUCUUCUCACAUCUCUUGUGAAAUCUGUGCUUGUCUUCGUUUCGAUCUUCAGACUUGAUUACUCUACUGCUUUAGAAGGCUUUCUGUGACUUACUUGACUAUAAUCCUUAGACCUAUACUUCCUACAACUCCUUGUACUGCUACUUCUCACGACAUCUUAUGAGCUUCCUAAAUCACUCGACCCGCUUUACUGCUCUUGGCUCUGGCGAUAGUGGACUGUAACGUUGUGGCGGCGCUCGGGGUGGCGAGCGCGUCGAUAAUUUGCAAUUGAUUGUUUGCCACAACGUCCGGAAUAAAAGCAUAUUCGUGUUC